UCCUUGCUUCCCCCCCCCCCCCCUCUUUCUCUCUCUACCGCUUCAAUGGCGGUCAACGACCUCAUAUUUUAUCGCCACACCUUCUGACAGACACCCUUCUUCUCACUCAUUUUCCCACUCUAGCACUGCUUUUCCGAUCGGACUUCUUCCUGGUUGUUGCCAACUGUUUCUUUAGGUUAUGGGCAUGAUGGGUGGACGACAAAGGACCUACACCGCUAAUUCCACUGAUUAUAAGCUUCUUGAAGAGAUUGGUUAUGGUGCUAGUGCUACUGUUUUUAGAGCGAUCUAUACUCCCUCGAAUGAAGUCGUCGCCAUCAAGUGUUUGGAUCUUGAUCGCUGCAAUAGUAAUCUUGAUGAUAUACGGAGGGAGGCUCAAACAAUGAGUUUGAUAGAUCAUCCAAACCUUGUAAGGGCUUAUUGUUCAUUUGUUGUUGAACGAAACCUUUGGGUUGUCAUGCCAUUCAUGGCAGAGGGUUCUUGUUUGCACCUAAUGAAGACAGCAUACACAGAUGGCUUUGAAGAGGUUGCUAUUGGUUCUAUCCUGAAAGAGACUCUUAAAGCUUUGGAGUACCUGCAUCGUCAAGGACACAUACAUCGGGAUGUGAAGGCUGGAAACAUACUACUUGAUAGUAAUGGGUCUGUGAAGCUUGCUGAUUUUGGUGUUUCAGCUUGCAUGUUUGAUACAGGUGAUAGACAGCGCUCCAGAAAUACCUUUGUGGGAACUCCAUGCUGGAUGGCACCAGAGGUAUUGCAACCAGGAACGGGAUAUAAUUCCAAGGCUGAUAUUUGGUCCUUUGGUAUUACAGCUUUGGAGUUGGCUCAUGGUCAUGCACCGUUUUCAAAAUAUCCUCCAAUGAAGGUGCUUCUUAUGACCAUACAAAAUGCUCCUCCUGGGCUGGAUUAUGAUAGAGAUAAACGGUUCUCUAAGUCUUUUAAAGAAAUGGUUGCAAUGUGCCUGGUGAAAGAUCAAGCCAAGAGGCCAACAGCUGAAAAACUUAUAAAGCACUCCUUUUUCAAGAAUGCCAAGCCUCCAGAGGUUUCUUUGAAGAAACUAUUCGCUAAUUUGCCUCCUCUUUCACAUCGUGUAAAGGACCUGCAGCUUAAAGAUGCUGCCCAGCUAGCCUUAAAGAAAAUGCCUUCAGCAGAGCAAGAAGCACUGUCGCAGAGCGAGUACCAGCGAGGAGUAAGUGCGUGGAACUUUGAUGUUGAGGAUUUGAAAGCCCAAGCUUCCCUGGUGAAUGAUGAUAUGGCAGAGAUGAAGGAGGAGGAGGAGAAUAUAAAUUCUUGUAGUGUUAAGGAUGCCUUCUAUCCUCGAUCUAUUUUGAGGAAUUUCAAUUCGUGUAAUGAAUCAUCUCAGGAUGAACAUGGAGUAGGAGCAAGUGGUCAGGGAUUGUCACAAGUAGAGUGCUUGAACAAAAGGGGAAACUUUGUGGAAAGUGAUGCUCUGAAAGCAGGGUUGCAAGAAAAAACUGGAAAGAGAAAUGGAACUAGCACUGAAGCAGAAGCUUCUACGUCUGGCCAAGACAUUGUACAAGGCAAGACCAAAACCCAAAUGCCAAAAGGUCGUCAAACUCAAAGUGGUCCACUUUUACCUGGCAUUGUGCUCAGUCAUUCUUUAUCAGAAAGAGUGCGAGGCUCUGAGAGGUUUGAUUCUGAAAUUCAACCAUCUGCUGAAAAAAAUCGCCGAGAAGCACGGCAAGCUCCAAGCUUCAGUGGUCCACUAAUGCUGCCAAACCGCGCCUCAGCAAACAGCCUAUCAGCACCCAUAAAACCUUCUGGAGGGUUUAGAGAUUCAAUGGACGACAAAUCCAAAGCUAAUCUUGUACAAAUUAAGGGGCGUUUUUCAGUGACGUCAGAGAACCUAGAUCUUGUAAAGGAUAUUCCAUUGAGCACAGUUUCACGUCGGUCUUCACAGAACUCUCCUCUACGAAAGUCGGCUAGUGUUGGUGAUUGGAUUUUCGAUUCCAAGCAGUCUGUCAGCCAACCCCCUAAGGAUGCUUCCAACACGAACAUGUCCACAUCAGUUCUUCUGCCUCAUCUUCAGAAUCUUUUCCAUCAGACCUCGAUUCAACAGGAUCUUAUCGUGAACUUGUUGAAUAGCUUACAAACAGCAGACGUGGUUGAUGCUACUCAAAAUGGAAAGUUACCUCCAUUGCCCCGAAGCUCAGAGAAUAAUGGAAGUAGAUCCUCCUUUUGGCAGGCUGAAACAGCGGCAGUUGAGAGAGAGCGUUUACUUUUGCGGAAAGUCUCUGAACUUCAAGCUAGAAUGACGCAUUUGACUUAUGAAUUGACCGCUGAAAAGUUGAAAUACAUUCAAUUACAAGAGCAGUUCAACUCGGCAUCUGGUCAGGAAGAAAAUGAGAUCAAGAGGGAAGAAAAUGUCUAAAAAGGCACGGUGACCCGUGCUACGAUUACUGUAAAGUACGCGCAUUAUAUACAUCUGGGAGAGAAAUAAUUAUGCAGUGAAAUUGUUUUUUAGGAGAAUGUGUAUUGUUGGCAUGUUAAUAGCUCUGUUGUUGAGGCGAAGCCAACAACCAUUUUUCUCAAAUCUCCCAUUCACCAUCUUCAUUUGGUUCUUCAGAGUUGGGUCAGUUGAGAUCCUGAGUGGCAAAUCAGCUCCAUAAACUUCCAUUUUCCUCAGUAGGCCCUCAAAUUUUAUCUUAUUAUUGUCUGGAUGGCCAUGAGAUGGAAAACAAGAAAAAAAACAAAAAAACAAAAAAAAAAACAAAAACAAGAAGAAGAUGAAGAAGAAGAAGAAAAAGCACUUGGAAAAAGCUUUAUUUGUGAAGUUGGCCUCCUACAUUUAUAUUUAUUUGUUCAUAUGUAAUAAUAAUGAAUUAUUAUUAUUUUAUGUCCAAGGACCCAAAACAAGAAGCUUGCAAAAGCAGGCUGACUUGGGGCUUUUUUUCCCCUCUUUAAUCCCCCUUUCUUUUCUGUUUUUAUAUCAACCCUAUAUUCCUCUUUAUCUAUUUUUGAGAUCAUCAGAAGUGGUUGUUUUAUACAAGAAGUUUAGAGAGGAUAGAUCCCACCAAUAAUGUCUUAGAUUUUAAAUGGUUCAUAAUGUAAACAUCCAUGGUUUUUGCUCUUUCA